UCCUCUUCGCCAAUCGGCUUGGGAACGGGGAGAGUGCGCGGAGCGCGGGUGAGAGGCUGCCGGGGAAUAGAGUCCGAAUUUCGAAGGCGCGGAGCUGAGCUUGUUGCUAUGAGUGAGCCGCAGCCGAAGAGAGCUCGUCUGAGCGGGCCGGAGCAACAGAGAGUGGCCGGGGCCCAGCAUGAAGAGCCGACCGGUGAAGCCACUCCUACAGCCGCGGAGGAGGAGGAGGAAGAGGAGGAGGAGCGGCGGGAGGAAGAAGAGAAAGAGAGGCGCAGGCACCGCGAGGGUCUUUGUGCCGAAUUCGCGGUUGUGACUGGUACGGAUGAGGCCGUAGCUCAGUGUUACCUGGCGGAAAAUGACUGGCUUUUAGAAAGAGCUCUCAACUCCUAUUUUGAAACAUAUGUUGAGCCAUCAUCUUCUGCAAUGGAAUCUACCUCGCAGUUGGUUGAAAGAACAGACUUCCAGGGAUGCAUUGAUUUGACAGACACUGACAAUGUGCAGACCAGUAAGCAAGAGAGUGCACAGCCAGAAAUAGAUGAAAGUCGGAUCUCAUUGUUAACCUGGAACGUGGAUGGACUUGAUUUGGAAAACUUGCCGGAAAGAGCACGGGGUGUUUGUUCUUGCCUAGCACUGUAUAACCCUGAUAUAGUGUUCCUGCAGGAAGUUAUUGAAUCCUAUUACCUGUACUUAAAGAAGCGAGCAGUCAGCUACACAAUUAUUCCAGGAGAUGAAGCUGACUACUACACAGCCAUUAUGCUGAAAACAUCCCGAGUGAAAUUGUUGAAACAAGAAAUAACACCUUUUCCAACCUCCUGCAUGAAGAGAAACCUUCUCACUGUUCAGGUAAACAUUGCAGGAAAUGAACUCUGCUUAAUGACUUCCCACCUGGAGAGCACUAAGGCACAUUCUCAGGAACGGAUGAAACAGCUGGAGAUUGUCCUGAAGAAAAUCAAAGAAGCACCAGAGAGUGCCACUGUAAUAUUCGGAGGUGACACCAAUCUGAGAGACCAGGAGGUUGCAAAAGUUGGAGGUUUGCCAGCUGGUGUCUUGGACGUCUGGGAAUUUUUAAACAAACCUGAACACUGUCGGUAUACCUGGGACACUAAAGCCAAUAACAAUCUGAAGGCCCGUUACACUUGCAGGCUCCGCUUUGAUCGUGUGUUUUUCAGGACGGCCAAUGAAGGUCAGAUUAUCCCACGGCAGAUGACCCUCAUGGGACAAGACAAGUUGGAUUGUGGACGGUUUUGCAGUGACCACUGGGGGCUCCUAUGUGACUUUGAUGUCAUUUUGUGAGAUUAGACUGUGGUGGGUAGGGUAGAAAGCAAUGCUCAAAGUACAAUUGCACUUGAAAGUGCUCUACCUAUGUCAUUGUGAUUACUCAAAUAUUCAUGGUUCUUUCUGAGUUAAUCAGGUGUCUCAUCAGGUUUUUCUUGAUUUAAAAUUAUCAUACUACUUUUCAUUUAAGUUUGCAAUCUUAUUCUGAAGAGCCAGAGGGGUAAUUUCAGAGUAAAAUGGAAAAAUUUACACUGCUGUGACAUAAACAUUAAAUUGUGCUGGAGCAGAAUUUCCGAUAGGCUGGGAGUGCUUAAUGCUGAAACCAAGUGCUUCCAGUGGUAAUCUGCUCCAUUCUUUAGCACAUCUCUUGCCUUGAUUAAUAUUAAAAAAAAUUAUCCUGCAGUUUUAUUUUUAUAAAUCGCUGUGACAGAAUGCCUUUUAAAUUGUUGCCUUGUCUCUCUCUAGUGUAGCUGUAAUGGGGAGCUUGGAUUUAAUGUUGCAAUAAAAGACAACUUUUAACUAUC